GCGAUUCAAUUUCCUCCGGUCCACACGCUGCUGUUCUCUUUUCUCUCUCCCGCCAUCACGCCGUCGUUGGUCUUUUUCUCACACCGCCGCCAGUUCCAGAGUCUCCAGCGACUCUCCGAUGACUUUUCCGGUGACGAUGUUGAAUAUGUUAAAACCAAGCAAAUUUUUUGACAACGUUGUUGAUAGAUUAGCAUGGUGCAUAACAAACAAAAAGAUCUCCACCAAAAUUGUCUCCAAGAAGCACUACUUUGUUUCUUCUUCCUUUCUUAGUUUGUCAACUUCACCACCUUCCAAGCCUUCAGAUUUUCGAUUGCUCAAUAACGUAACAACAUGCAUUGCUUUUCUUCAAUCAUGUGCUGAAUCUAAGAAUCUCAACAAAGGAAAACAGCUUCAUUCUGUAAUGAUCACCUAUGGUUUUUCCCAUUCACCUUCAUCUAUUACUAGCCUAAUCAACAUGUACUCCAAAUGUGGUCGAAUGGAGGAGGCUGUUUUGGUUUUCCACGAUCCGUGUUAUGAGCCUAAUGUGUUUGCAUAUAAUGCUAUAAUUUCUGGGUUUGUUGCUAAUGGUCUUGCUUCAAUUGGGUUUCAAUUUUAUAAGCAAAUGAGGUUAGAGGGUGUGAUGCCUGAUAAGUACACUUUUCCAUGUGUAGUUAGAUCUUGUUGUGAGGUCAUGGAGGUGAAGAAGAUUCAUGGAUGUUUGUUUAAAAUGGGGUUGGAGCUGGAUUUGUUUGUUGGUAGUGCUUUGGUUAAUACUUACUUGAAGCUUGGCUCAAUGGAAGAUGCACAAGAGGUGUUUGAAGAAUUGCCAAUAAGAGAUGUUGUGCUUUGGAAUGCAAUGAUCAAUGGGUACGCCCAGAUUGGUUGCCUUGAUGAGGCAUUAGAGAUUUUCAAAAGAAUGCAUAUAGAAGGGGUUUCACCUAGUAGGUUUACAAUUACUGGCAUUUUGUCUAUUUUUGCUUUAAAGGGACACCUAGACAAUGGGAGAACAGUCCAUGGGAUUGUGAUGAAAAUGGGUUAUGAUUCAGGAGUUGCAGUUUCAAAUGCGCUAAUCGAUAUGUAUGGGAAAUGCAAACAUAUCGGAGACGCUUUAAUGGUUUUUGAGACGAUGAAUGAAAAGGAUAUUUUCUCAUGGAAUUCAAUUAUAUCGGUUCAUGAACAAUGUGGUGACCAUGAUGGUGCCUUGAGGCUUUUUGAUAAGAUGUUAGGUUCUGGGUUUCUACCUGAUUUGGUAACCGUCACAACCAUACUUCCAGCUUGCUCUCAUUUGGCUGCCCUCAUGCAUGGUAGAGAAAUUCAUGGAUAUAUGAUUGUUAAUGGAUUGGGAAGGGAUGGAGACAAUGGAGUUAUAGAUGAUUUACUUGUGAAUAAUGCUGUUAUGGAUAUGUACGCAAAAUGUGGAAGUAUGAACAAUGCUCAAAAGGUUUUUAAUUCAAUGACCAAUAAGGAUGUGGCAUCAUGGAAUAUCAUGAUUAUGGGUUAUGGUAUGCAUGGAUAUGGUAUGGAUGCAUUGGAUAUGUUUUCUCACAUGUGCGAGGCCAAAAUUAAGCCCGAUGAAGUUACGUUUGUUGGAGUUUUAUCGGCGUGCAAUCAUGCAGGUUUUGUGUGUCAAGGGCGUAUGUUCUUAGCUCAAAUGGAGCAUGAUUUCGGUGUUAUCCCAACCAUUGAGCAUUACACUUGUGUGAUUGAUAUGCUUGGACGAGCUGGGCAUUUAGAGGAUGCUUAUGAUUUAGCCCAAACGAUGCCUAUUCAAGCCAAUCCCGUUGUGUGGAGGGCUUUAUUGGGAGCUUGUCGACUCCAUGGGAAUGCGGAGUUGGCCGAGAUUGCUGCACAAAAAGUAAUGCAAUUGGAUCCAGAGCAUUGUGGGAGUUAUGUGUUGAUGUCUAAUGUUUAUGGAGUUGUAGGUCGAUAUGAAGAGGUGUUGGAGGUUAGAAACACGAUGAAGGAACAACAUGUCAGGAAGACGCCUGGAUGUAGUUGGAUCGAACUCAAGGAUGGAGUGCAUGUUUUUCUCACCGGAGACCGGACACAUUUAGAAUUGAAUGCAUUGACAAGUCAACUUUGUGAUAUUGGAUUCAUUUUAGAUGAAGUCUUGAAUUUAUAUUGAGAUAUGGUAGCAUGUGCAAUUGCAUUAAGCCAGUAGCUAUUUCUUUUAUUGAAAGGUUGAUGAGCGGCAUAACAUGUAUAUUGAUGAGUUUACUAUUAUAGUGAAAAUCAUUGGUUAAUGAUUACAGCAGACAAGUAUCAUUGAUUGCCCGCUUCCUGAAUAUUCAUUAGGUUACUUCUAAUGUCGUAAAUUCUUUCUUUCACCAUCUUGGAUACUUCUACAUUUUCGUCCAAAAUUUUAUAUGUUUUUUCAUCUCUCCGUUGCUAAGUUUCUUAGUGGUGUAGUGCCUUGCUUCAAGGAUAUGACAGCAAAGCUAAUGUCAAAGGUGGUGCCUUCUUACAGCUUGUUGGAUUCAGCUUCUCUCAACUAUUGCCUUAUUCAUAUUGAUGAUCUAUUUUGAGUUGACUUCCUUCAAUUCACUUUGCUUUGCUUCCCUGAGUACAAUCGCUCCAUUGCAAAAUCCCUCUCUUGAUUCAGAAUGGUUGAUGAGAUUUGGCGAGCCUAUGAACCUAACAUAAUGUGCUCUUGAGCAAGCAUAAAAAAUACCUCACUGCCGUGUCUGUCUAAGUAAAGGUAUUCUGAAAAGUGCUUGGAAUAGUUGUUGAAGGCAUUAUCAUAAGCUCAUCUAUGUGGUUGGCCGAAUAGUUGUUGGAGCUAAUGACAAAAGUGAUUGGAAGGAAUGAACAAGUUCAAACUAUGAGUAUUCACAGAACCAAAUAAAGUAAAUGAAGUAGGGUUAGAUUGGGUUAAGCCAGUGAAAGGGAGGAAUGCCAUCUUAGAGAUUUUACUAUUGGAUGACCUUAACGUAGUUAGAUAUGUAUGCAUUUGUUCCGGUAUAUGAUUAUGUGGUUAUUGUUAAUACACAAAUACUUUUGUUAAAAGCA